AUGGCUGCCUUUCUCAGCCGCCUGAACCCAGUGCCAUCCUUCUCCAACUUCACCGGCCCGUACAGAGUAGGCACCAUCGAUGUCGAGAUCCCGGUGACAGCCUUGGAUUCGCCGAGCCCAACGCCCGACCAUGCAGACGGCAUACACACGGUCCAGUUCCGCAUAUUCUACCCGAUUGCCCCAGAUGCCGAGGGCAGAUACAUCAGCUGGCUGCCGGCGCCGCAGCGCAGCCACGUCUCGGCGUACACGCAGUUCCUGGGUGCUGGUCCCAUCUUGGCCGAGUUCGUCUCCUUCCUCCCUCGACACCUUUACUACACGACGAUCCCGGCGCGCAAAAACGCAGCGCUACUGGAGCCCACGACGCCCAGCCGACGGUGGCCGACGAUGAUCUUCUCGCACGGGCUGGGCGGCAGCCGCAACGCAUACUCGCACAUGGCCGGCUCGGUGGCUUCUCACGGCGUCGUAGUAGUCUGUCCAGAGCAUCGUGACGGCAGCUCGGUGGUCUCGUUUGUGCGCGACCCGGCGGCCCAGGACCGCUUCUUCCGGCGAAGCACGCGCACCGUCAUUCCCUACCUCCACAAAUCGCACGCGGAGACGGACGAGGAGUGGGCUCUGCGCGACCAGCAGCUGCGCAUCCGGCUGUGGGAACUGGGCCUCGUGCACGACGCCCUCGUGCGGCUGGACGAGGCCAGGCCGCUGGUGAACCUGAACGGCAGCACGCCGGCGACAUCGCUGGCCCAGUUUGCCGGCAAGCUGGCCGUACACAGCCCGGGCGACAUCAUCUGGGCCGGCCACAGCUUCGGCUCGGCGUCGGUCGUGCAGCUGCUCAAGACGACGUACUAUGCUGACACGGACGGGAUGGCGUCGAUCAAGAGCCCGCUCUUCACGCCGCGGCCGGACUCGCGGUUGCGCGCCCAGAUCAGCGAGACGAGUCCGACCAUCUUGCUGGACCUGUGGUGCUUCCCGCUGCUGUCGCCCGAGCAGCACAUGCUCUUUCAGCUGCCGCUGCCGGCGUACGCAGACGUGCCUGACGCGGCCGGCGGCCGGGCCAUUCUGGCCGUCGGUUCCGAGACAUUUUACAAAUGGACGCCGCACCUGCACACGACGGCGCGGGUGUUGUCGCCUGAUCCAUCGGCAGCCGUGGUGUCAUCGGCGGCUUACCUGCGGCCCAACGGCAUACGACUGUCGGAACCCAACUACUUUUACGUGCGGAACAGCGCGCACCUGAACCAGAGCGACUUUGGCCUGCUGUUUCCGUGGCUGACGGGCAAGAUCUUUGGCGCCACCAAGCCCGAGCGCGCCCUGCGCCUAAAUCUGCGCGCCAUUCUGCAGAUGCUGCGCGCCAACGGACGGUCUGUGGCUCGCACGUGGGCCGGCGACCUGGUGGACGGUUCCGACGUCGACAAGCUGGGCGCGGCCACAGCUGCUGGCCCAAGCGACGGCAUCGACGACGACAAGGCCAUCUUUGACCACGGCAGCGGUAUCGAGAGCUGGGCCUGGAUCGACAUUAUCGGUCUCGGUACCGAGGCCCCCGACAGUGGCAGUACACUCUCACGGACGCCAGAGCACGACGGCGUCAGCACGGAAACUGCAGUGGCGGACAACAAGGGCAAGCAGGCCGUCGACAAGGAAAUGGAGCCGCAUCUGGCCGUAGCAUCUAAAUCUGGCAACGCAGUGACAGCGCCAUGA